CACUACACGUACGUUUUACCUAUAAUUUCUCUCCAACACUGAACAUGUUUCUUAGUUGUGAUACGUUGUUUCGGUGCGGUUAAUGAUGACCUUGAAACCUCAGCUUUGUGUUUGAGCCUGAGAACACAACGCAUCCCCUCAUCACCCCCAACUGCUUUCUCUUUCGACCCGUCCUAUCAUCCCCGUCUGAGAUCCUCACCGUUAAUUAAUUCCCAGAUUGUACGUGUUACUAUAAGUACUAACUAACAUUUGAUCGUUUCAUCGAAACGGUGUUGCUGAAAGAAGAAAGCAGUGACAAUGGGAGGGUCUGACCAUGAGAAAGGUCGCGAGGUUCCCACGGACGGUGAGGAUGACUCGGAUCAUGGUGCCAAGUCAUCUUAUGCGACUGAGGAGGAUGAAGAGUUCGUUCAGAUGGGUCCUAAGUGCAGUAUCAAGGAGCAUCUUGAGAUGGACAAGGAUGAUGAAAGCUUAAGGAGGUGGAAAGAACAGCUCCUUGGGAGCGUGGAAAUCAAUCCAGAAGCACAAGAACCUGAUGUGAAGGUUUUGAGCCUCACAAUUAUCUCUGCUGGAAGGGGUGAUAUAGCUCUUCAGAUUCCUGAGAAUGGGAGGAAUCCAGAAGGCCUGUGGUUUACCUUAAAAGAAGGCAGCAAAUAUCGGCUCAGAUUCGCCAUCAAGGUCAGCAACGAGAUUGUUUGCGGCCUCAAGUACAUUAACUAUGUCUGGAAAACCGGAAUCAAAGUUGACAGCUCUAAAGAGAUGCUGGGAACGUUUAGCCCACAAGUAGAGCCAUAUAUACAUGAGAUGCCUGAAGAGACUACUCCCUCUGGCAUGUUUGCUAGAGGAACAUAUUCUGCAAGAACUAAGUUCAUAGAUGAUGACAAGAAGGUCUAUUUGGACAUCACCUACACCUUUGACAUUCAGAAGGAGUGGGCAGAAACAUCAUAGGAGAAGUAACAGAUCAUAUGGUGAUUUUGAUCACUGGGAUUACUCUAUCUGCACCCACUGUUAUCAAGUUAGGAACAUGGAGUUAUAUAUAUGGCAGCAGCCUUUUUACUACAUCCCCUAUCCUAGUACUUAUUCUCUGUUAGGUUUUUUCUUAAUUUUUACAAACUCUUUUUAUGUUUUCAGUCUGAAUUGAAGGGCUAUCUUCUGCCUGCCUUCACGCCUUAUAAAAGCAUUCAUUGAAAUUUUUCUCUUUUUUUUUUUGGAAUUUUUAUGAUCAGUGUUUGUUGUUAUGUAUUUUUAAUAUAAUUUCAUUUUAUUUUGUUCUGUUUAAA